AUGUACGAUAAAGGGCGUUUUAAAGACGUGGAAGAUGCUGCCAAAGACGGCAUGGAAACUGUUAAGGACACGAUGACAUCCGCUUUUAACACAGCAGAGAACAGUGUGAGCAACGCUAUGGGCAAAAUCGGGGAAACAUUUAAUUUUGCAACAUCGAACGCCAAAGAUCAAAUGAACCACAUAAAUGAAUCCGUCAAAUCUGAAGCUACCAACGCUGUGGACGCUGUUGCCGAAGACAUUUCCGAAGCUGAAACUGUGUUGCUAUCAGAAGCUGACAAUGUUAAAGAUGCCGUCCAGGAUAAUAUGAAUGAAGCCAGUGAUGAGGUCAAUUCUAUGAGCAAUGACGUAUCUGAUAAGUGUACGGAAUUAAAGAACGAAAUGAACCUGAAAAUCGAAGAAAUCGACCAGUCCUUUGACAUGUUAGGAGACAGUGUUGCCAAAACAGAAGAAAAGGUGGAAGAAAUCCUGAAUAACAGCACCCCAACCUCGUCGCCCACGAAGGAACUUAAGAAGGAGGAGUAAGUGGUCAGAUUGAACCCCCAACAAAAUGGGAAGCAGCCGCUGACGCAAUCAUCCUCAGAAAAAACAGCACGUUUGAUUUUCAGGAUAGCGACGCCGAAAGAAAGUUUCCAAUUCCUGAAAACCUUCCAGAUAUCGAGGAAAUUGAAAAACAAAAAGACUUGCACAUAAUCAAGGAUUUCAUUAUAAGUGAUUUAGAUAACAAGCAACAAUAAAAUAAUUUAAAAUUAGUUCAGGAAAAUUAUACAUAAAU